AUUCGCUAUUGGUGCUCCAACAGGGCAACAACGAACGCGUUCACCCACCGCCAAACAACCGAAAAUGCGCGAAUUGAAAAAAUAAUGCCUCGAAUACUACCACUGGUGUCCCUGGUACUCACCCUCAACCUCCACGGAAUCACAAGCGAACAAGUCAAGAAGUGUUGCGGACCCGAAGAGGUCUUCAGAAGUGUCCAGAACACGUUCCAGUGCGUCCAGGACAUCACCCGCAGGGUGCAACUCAGGGCAGACGCGACGGACGUCGCUCACGAGAGUCAAGGAACACAUCGGUGCGUGGAAGCCCUCAACGGGGAAUUCUACGAGUUCAAUGUCACCGAGGGCCGUGUGGGACUUUUGAGUGCCGCUGCUAGGGACCACUUUCCCAAAUGCUGUCCAUUGAACUUCACCUACGACAGUCAGCUGCAUGCCUGCUCGGACCAAGGUUAUAGCCGGCAGGACUUCUUCGCGGUGCCUUUUGUUAAAGUUGGCCUGCCUAAUUGCAAGGUCGUCACGGAUGUUUUGCUGAAGCCCUCGGAAUAUGGGCUUCUGGAUUCCACCCUUCGUUCUUCGCGUUAUCCUGGUUCUUAUUGCAUCGACAAGAAUGAGGAGGAGGAAUUGGUUCUGAGGGAGUGCAAAGACAGUAUCGAGGCUUGUGAAGGGCUGAAAUGCGUGAAGAAGUGCUGUCCUGAUGGUAAAAGUUUCGCAAAUAAAGCCAGGUGUGUCGAUACCUACAAGUAUGGGUUGAACUUGACGGUUUUCGGAAAUAUUAUUGAAAAUCCUGAUGAUAAUUAUUCCAUUAUCUACAACCGUACCUGCAAACAGAUUUACAUGAUGCGUGGGAACCAGUUUAAAUUCACCCUGGACCGAAAUGGUAAAUUCACGGAAUUCACGAAAAAAGGCAACCUUUCCGAAGACGUCUAUAACAUGAAUUCCUACUGCAUCGAGCAUAGCCAAGGGCGUGUGAAUGGAUAUUUCUUCUUCAGGUGUUUUCAGGACCAAGAGUCCAUCCUUAGCAAGUUUGACAUCACCUUUUGGCCCUUGGUGUUAUCCUGCAUUUUUCUGGUGCUGACCAUAUUCGUGUACGUUGUUUUGAAAGAGACGAAGAAAAUGUUCGGAAAAAUUCUAGUCAAUUACUGUGUAGCCAUGUUGUUCGUUUUCACUUCUUUGACGGUGGCCCAGAUGAAUAAUAGACCCGGAAGAGCAGAGUGCAGAAUGAAAGCAUUUUCCAUCAUUUUCUUCGGAAUUGCUUCAUUCACCUGGUCCAAUAUUAUGUGCUGUGAUAUUUGGUGUACCUUUGGAUCGACAAGACGUUAUUUAGGAAGGAAACAAAAGUCAGUGGAAUUGAAAAAACUGCUGUUCUACAGCCUUUAUGGUUGGGGCACACCUUUUUUGCUGACACUGGUGAUAGUACUAUUUUACAAUUGGAGAGUUCUUCCUUACCCCAUUCAACCUCUCAUGGCUGAAGUCAGAUGUUUUUUCGAUAGAAAGGAUGGUAACUACGCAAAGGUAUUAUUUUUCGAUGUUCCUCUUCUGAUCAUUCAACUUGUGAACAUGGUUCUCUUUAUGAAAACUGUAACGUAUUGCAUAAAAGUCAAGGACGAAAUCAACAGAGUGAAUGACACUACCAAAGAUGACAAAAAGAAAAAAUAUCAAGGAGACAAAGAAAGAUUAUUUUUGAUUCUGAAGCUGAUGGUUAUCAUGGGAAUGUCAUAUAUUUUCGAAACAAUUUCGGCGUUUUUUGACAUGAGUGAGGCAGGUGUUAUUCCGAAAUAUAUCGAAAUCGUAUGGGACACUAUCAAUGCCUUUCAAGGUGUUUUCAUCUUUAUCAUUUUCAUCUGCAAGAAGAAAAUUUUAGCACGAUGUUUGGAAAAAUUUCACUUAAUCGAUGCAUCCCACAUUUCAAGUUCUUCAUCAGUACAUACUCAAUCAUCUUUGACACUAAACGGUUUCUCCAUGAAUACCUUAGGAAGCACGAACAAAAAAAUGUCGAAAUAAAUAGAGUUUUCAAACUUCUGUGAAGGCUAUAGAGAUAGAUUAUAUAAGAUUACCUACCAUAUAAAUUUCCAUCAUCAAAUAAAUCGAAAUUUACCAUAAAAGGAGGUAGACAUUUCGAUUUUGAUGCGACAUAAAAAUAGAAAAAAUGAAAAUAUUUAUGAAUGAAUGUUGUUUUUUUUUCAGGUGUUCUCAUCUUUAUCAUUUUUAUCUGCAAGAAGAAAAUUCUAGUACAAUUUUUGAAGAAAUUUCACUCAUUUUCGAGGCACCAUAAAUUCCAAGCAAUCCAUCAAUACAUACUCAAACAUAUGUAAACGGAUAUCUCUAUAUGGAUAAAUAUAUGUAAGAAACGUGAAUAAAAUGAAUGUUG